CUGGAGUUCCCUGCUUGUCUCUUAUUCCUCUUGAUUUCUUAUUUCUCUUUUUUCCUUUUUUUAAAGUCCUUUUUGAGGAGAAGUCGCUGUUCCAAACAUAUUCCCUCUCCUUACAAAUCUCCCUUUAAAUCCAGUGUCUAUUCCCAAUGUUCACCUGACACAUUUAUUUCCCAGAUGGAGCAGGAGAUUGGAAAAGUGGAGUUUGGGAUUAAUAUUUUGACACAAUGGAUAUGCAGCCCUUGAGGGGAACCUUCCAUCAUCAUUUAUCAUUUGUAAAGAGACUAAAAAUGGCUUUUUGGGGAUUUUUUUUUUAAAGGAAUGUUUGCUCUCUGAGUGUUUUCCAGGCUGGAGCUGAGGACCACGGAUAUUCCUGGUUAUCCCAAGGUUCUGGGACCACCAGGAGCUGGAAUUUCUUUCCAAUUCAACAAAUUCACAAUUAAAAAACAUUACAUUGAGUUGUUCCUACGCUGCCUUUUCAGAGCUCUGGAAUGGGUUGAUUUGAUGAUGAUGGAAUAACAAUCGAAGGAUUUGAUGAUGGAAUUACAAUCCUGGAAUAGCACUCCACAGAACAAAUGGCUUUUUUCUUUUUUUUUCUGACAUCCAGGGAAGUGAUUUCCCAUUGAAAUUUGUCAUUGUAGGCAGGAAUAAAAGGCACUGGAGGAUUCCAGGUUUAAUCCUGCCAAAAUAAAGGGAAACGGGGGUUUCCAGCGAGGAAAGGACUUGUCUAGGGAAUGUCAAAUAAAGUGGGAUUGUGCCCCGUUGGCAGGCUGGAAAAUGGGAUGAGAAAGGCAGAAAAUAGCGAUUCAAACACCUGAUUUGUGCAGUGUGGCCUCGGUUUCCAUGGAAACAGCAGCUCAGGCAGGAGCUGGGAAUUGGAGCCGGGCUUGGCUGUUCCAGGGCAGCAGGAAAAGGGAAUUGCAGCCCUCAAGCCCAGGGAGCAGCAGAAAAAUGGGGAAUUUUGAAGGCACUGGAAGUUCGGGGUUUUUUUGGAGAUUUUCCUGCCUUUCAGGAGAGGUUUGGGCAGGAUUUGAUCCAGCCAAGCUGGAGCAGCAUCAUUAGGCCAUAAAUGAUCCAUGUCCUGCCCUGGAUGGCUCCUCCUGGGCUCAAAUCCAAGGAAAAACGGUGCCAGUCAAAGAUCAGGAAUGUUGAAACCAACCAGUGCUUGGACAACAUGGGCCGCAAGGAGAACGAAAAAGUGGGAUUUUUCAACUGCCACGGCAUGGGAGGGAACCAGGUGUUUUCCUACACGGCGGACAAGGAGAUCCGCACGGAUGACCUGUGCCUGGACGUGUCGCGCCUCAACGGCCCCGUGCUGAUGCUCAAGUGCCACCACCUGAGGGGCAACCAGCUCUGGGAGUACGACGCCGAGAAGCUCACCCUGAGGCACCUGAACAGCAACCAGUGCCUGGCGGAGCCGUCGGAGGAGGAUCGGCUGGUUCCCACCAUGCGGGAAUGCGGGAGCGGCCGCUCCCAGCAGUGGCUGCUGCGCAACAUGACCCUGGGAGCCUGAUUCCCACCUCACAUCCCGCUGUUCCCGCUUUUCCCACUGCUCCCAGCAGAGCCCAGCCCCGUCCCAGCGGAGCCACCGGCGACUUCCCGGUCCCUCCGAGCGAUCCGAGCUGCGGAUACCGGCGGCAGCGCGCUCCCGAGAUUCCAGAGGCAUGGCUGAGCCUGGAGACAUUGGGAUGUGGAGGUGUUGCUGUCACCACGGACAGGUGGCCCUGGGAGGUGUGGCCCGAGCUGCUGGGAUGUGCUGGGCUCUCCUGGAGAAUGUCCUGGAGAAUGUCCUGGAGAAUGUCCUGGAGGAUCUGGGGUGUUCUCUCGUGCCCAGUGGGAUUUGACAGCACCAAAGCUUCCUGGGAUUUUGCUGGGAAAAAAAUGGGAUCUGGUGUUGGGAAAAUCAGGCUAAGACUGCACCGCACCAGGAAUUCCAAGAGGUGAGGCCACGGGAGACACGGCAAUGCCGAGGGGAAGCAGCAACAUCUGUGGGACCUCGGAGCAGCGCGGAGGGACCUGUCCCUCCUUCCAUGGGAAUGGAGCUGUCCUUUCCUUGGGAAUGGAGCUGUCCUUUCCAUGGGAAUGGAGCUGUCCCUCCUUCCAUGGGAAUGGAGCUGUCCCUUCCAUGGGAAUGGAGCUGUCCCUUGGGAAUGGAGCUGUCCCUCCUCCCAUGGGAAUGGAGCUGUCCCUCCUUGGGAAUGGAGCUGUCCCUCCAUGGGAAUAGAGCUGUCCUUUCCUUGGGAAUGGAGCUGUCCCUCCUUCCAUGGGAAUGGAGUUGUCCCUCCUUCCAUGGGAAUGGAGCUGUCCCUCCCUUGGGAAUGGAGCUGGAGCCAGACCUGGGGCUCAGGGGACUCCUGGAAGGGCCAGAGCUGAGACCUCUGGAGCUUGGAGGGUCUCCACCCCUCCAUCCCAACACAUCCAUGAAUCCCCACAUCCCACCAGCCACAGGCACAGCUCUGUCCCUGGAUCUGCUCCCAGCUCUGCCUCUGGGUGUUCCCAUUCCCACUGGAAUCACAGAGGCUCCUUUCUGGUUUUAGGGAUUUGAGGCUCCAUCCUUUUGUGGGUGUGGCUGUUCCCAAAGCGCUGCUGGUCCUCAGGAGCUGCUCCAGCUGGGAUGUGGGGACAGGGACAUUCCUGGGAUGUGCUGGGGACGUUCCUUUGGGAGCCACCCCAAAUGCAGCUGCGGCCCUCUGGGCUGGGAUUUUGGGAAUUCUCACUGCCCAGAGGGUUCAGGAGACUGAAAUCCCAGGGCAGCGGGAUCCCAGCGCGGGUAAGUGGGGAAAUAUUUCCCAGGAUUUCCCUCACAGGUCCCAAAAAUCUCUGUAAAUGCACUGGGUCAUUAAAAAUGCCGGUAUUUUCUGUACCCUG